CAGUAGUUUUCGCUCAGUUUAAUUCUAUAGCUGGUCAAAAAUUUUAAACUAGGCCAUCUUUAGAUCACAUUUCUUAAAUUCUUGUCUUGUGUUUUGUCUUGACUAUUUAUUUUGUCUUAUUUGCACAUAUUAACUUCUUGGUACUGGUCAAAUUUUUGCUUAUUUUCUGCUGGAAUUUUACCUUAACUGUUUCCAAAGAGAGCUUAAUUGGGGAGGGGGAAGCGAUUUUGUAAUCAACAAAACCAUCGAAUUUCUUUCAAGGAAAAUGAGUUUGUUGUUCCAAAGGUGCAUUUUGUGGAAAUUCUUUGAAGUUCUUGAAACAAAGUUUGUGGUUGACAAAAGCUUUUAUUUUUGGAUCUUUCAGAUUUUUAAUAGGUACAGUCUUGGCACUUAAACUUAGUCCAGUAUGAUGGUACAUUGUCAUAACCAGUAAACUACGCCUGCAGAAGUCUUUGUUUCCUCUGUUUUUGGUAGCGUUAGAGAGUAUAUAGUCAGGAGAAACACAAAAUGGGAGGAGCAUCACUACCUCCAGGAUUUCGUUUUCACCCCACUGAUGAGGAACUGGUUGGUUACUAUCUCAAAAGGAAAACAGAUGGACUUGAAAUUGAGCUAGAAGUAAUCCCAGUUAUUGACUUGUACAAAUUUGAUCCUUGGGAACUGCCAGAGAAGUCAUUCUUGCCAAAGCGUGACAUGGAAUGGUUCUUCUUCUGUCCUCGGGACAAAAAGUAUCCCAAUGGCUCGCGAACAAAUCGAGCUACUAGAGCUGGAUACUGGAAGGCUACAGGGAAAGAUAGAAAAGUAGUCUGCCAGUCUGCAGUGAUAGGUUAUCGAAAAACCCUGGUGUUCUAUCGUGGAAGAGCCCCGCUUGGAGAUAGAACAGAUUGGGUGAUGCACGAAUAUCGUCUCUCUGAUGAUGUUUCUCAAGGCAGUCCAGUUUUUAAGGGACCUUACGCCUUGUGUCGUGUCAUCAAGAAGAAUGAGCAGAAAACAAAUGAUGUUCAUGGAGAUUCAACAUUGAAGCAGGUGGGAAGUAGCUCCCACAUUGGAAAUGUUGCACCAGCAGCAACAAUCUCAAAUGACCCGGUUGUCAUUUCUGAAGAGAUACCAAUGCAGGCUAGUCAUAUUGAGAGUAAUAACUCAACUCCUAUUGCCUCUCCUCAUCAGGCUUCAGUAAUGGGAGAGUAUGAUCACUCUUCAACAUACUCUUCAAUGGGGAUGGAUCCCUCAAGCAAUUGGGUCUCACCUGAUAUGAUUCUGGAUUCUUCGAAGGAAUACCGCCAAGGACAGCGUCUAUCAGGAUACUACUGUCCACAAUUUGAAUUCCAAAAUUCAACUUCAUGGCAGACAUAUGAUCCAUACGAAGCCUCACCAAGUUCAUCAAACUCAAAUUUUAGAGAGGAAGGCGAAACUUCUGAUGAUUUCACUCGCUAUGGAUGCAUGUCGCCUUACUCGGUUCAUGGAAGCUAUAUGGGGUACUAUGGAAAUGAGGAUAUGUUGUAUGAUAGCUUUGGCCCGCCCAAUGCUCUAAAUCCAAAUCCUUUCUAAGGAUCAACAACAGGAAAAAUGAAUGUUACUCAUUUUUCUCCCUCUCAAAUCCAGGAGUUGCUGGAGAAAUUAACCCUUUAUGAUUGGAGGAAAAUGACUUGGCUACUUUAUUGUCAGAAUAUGUUUACAUGUAAUAAUCUAGAGGUGUACUCCAAGAGAACGCCUUUUAACGUUUCUCUAGGAGUGGAAUGGAAACCCAAGUAGAACCCUUCAAAAUUUCUCUAGCAUAAGGUGGUUGUGGAAACAUCUGUCAUGUUUUGGCAUUGCUUUAGUCCAAAGGCCAGACAUGAGGGGUGUCUUUAUAGUUUUUCUUUGUUUAGCAAAGAAACAUCUCCGAGUUUUAUCGAUUCUCAAUAGGCGUUGUUUACUUGCAUGCUGGAAAAUCUAUGUAUCUUGUAAUGGAAUAAAAUUAUCAA